CAGAUCAUAGUAUUAAUUAAGACGACCGUUUUCAUAUAAGCUUUACAGUAACUCUAUAUUAUUAGUAUAUAACUAUAUAUUGCUAGUUUCCAAAGAGCCAAUAAAUUUACAUUAACAAUUUAUCUAUUAUAUACCAUACUAAUACAAUAUGGCAUUGUUCACCAUUGUUAUCCAUCUUUCAAAAUUUCCUACACUGGCGGCCUCAACGCUAUCACAGUAAAACAACGUGCUUAAACCACGUGUUUCUUGUGUGUUGUGACUAGAAUCUUUUAUUCACAUUGUAAUCGAAAUAAUUAACUAAAUUAAAGUUUUUAAGGAUUAUAAAAAAGUAUCACAUAAAAUGGGGAAACAAGGGAAGGUAAAAAUUAGUAAGAUUAAAAGAAAUAAUCAGACACGAACUAAGCUAUCAAAACAAGGUAAACUCAAAACUAGGCGACACCGUAAAAUUAAGAAACAAGUUCAGAAACCUAACGUUACCAAGCCGCAACAUGAAGAAGAGGAAGAAGAAAGCGAUCAUGGAGAAGAUAUGAUGGCUAUGGUUGAGGAGGAUGAUCUUACAUUCCUCAAGAAGGCUAUAUCAAAUAAGUCUUAUAAUCUUUUGAAACAAAUACGGUUUAAUGAAACAGAUGAGAGCAAGCAAAGAAGAAAAGGAAAGAAACAGAAACAGGAAGAAGAUCUAGAAGAAAGGUAUGAAAAAAGUACAGAGUUAGGAGCAGAGGAAGCUGGAAAAAAAUUACGUAUGCUACUACCUGUGAAGACAAAAGAUGGUUUUAUAGAGACACGUGUCAUUGAAGAAGAUAGAAAGGAUAAUGAAGAUGAAGAGAUUAAUGGUGAUUCAGUGUAUAACAAUAAAGAAAAUUAUCAAAAUGGAGAAAUUAAUAAUAGCGAUGAAGAAAUUGAGAUGGAGUUUGAAAUUCAGGACAAGAUAAAUGAAAAAAAAGACAAAGUUAUUUCGACUGCAGAAUUACUAGCUUGCAGAGAAGAAGUGUUAAGGUCCCGACGUUUUAAGAUUGGCGUCCUGUCCAGUGGACUUUUGGAAAAUCCAGAACUUAAAUCAGGCAAUUUUAAAGUGCUGCUUGAAUUAAUGGAGGAGAGCAAUCCAGAGGUUUACAUAACUGUCAGAAAAUUGGCAACUGUAUCGCUCUUAGAAGUCUUUAAAGAUCUUCUGCCUUCGUAUCAUAUAACACAAUUCGAGCAGGAGGGUGUAAGAUUAAAGAAAGAAACGCUGCAACUUCAAAAUUAUGAGGCCAUCUUGCUAAGAAGCUAUAAGAAAUAUUUACAGAAACUCGAAAAAAUGGCAAGUUGGCUACGCCAAAAGAAAGGUGACACGCGUAACAUCAGUGAAAGAGAAAUGCAAUUGGGAGAAAUUGCAGUGACUUGUAUGUGCGAUUUAUUAGUCAGUCAUCCAUAUUUUAACUUUGCUGUCAACAUAGCAAAUCUUUUGAUUCCGCUAAUGGAUAACAAACGGCCAAACAUAAGAGCAGCUGUUGCAAGCUGCAUCUCACAAAUCUUUAAAGAAGAUAAACGUGGCGAAUUGUCUCUAUCCAUAGUACGACGUAUCAAUCAAUAUGUAAAAGCACGUGGUCACUCGGUCCAUUCUGAAAUAUUGUCAGUCCUCUUGUCCCUCCGAAUAAAGGACGUAAAUUUGGAUAAAGAAAGAGAAGAAGAAGCGAAACAAAAGAAGCUCAUGACGCACAAACAGAGAAUUCUCGCACUUAGCAAACGAGAGCGGAAGAAAAAUAAAAAAUUAGAACAAGUCGAGAAAGAAAUGCUGGAAACCAAAGCCGAGGAAAAUAAGCAAAAUAAAGAAAAAGUUCUCACGGAAAUAACUAGCAUAGUUUUCACGAUUUAUUUUAGAGUACUGAAGCAGGCACCGAACAGUAAAAUUUUAUCAGUAACAUUGGAAGGAUUAGCCAAAUUUGCACAUUGUAUCAAUCUUGAGUUUUAUCAAGACUUGGUAAAUGUUUUAAAUCGGUUGAUGGAAGAAGGCAACUUGGGACUACGAGAGCAGUUACACUGUAUCCAAACAGUAUUUAUAAUAUUAUCAGGACAGGGUUCAGCUCUGAACAUUGAUCCUUACAAAUUCUAUUAUCAUCUGUACAAAAAUCUGCUAAACGUUAACGCUGGCAAAAAUCACGCCAAUGCAGAAAUAAUUGUGCAAACCUUAGUUCAGGUUUUAAUAACCCGACGUAAAAAAGUGUCGCAAAGUCGUUUGAUCGCUUUUAUCAAACGUAUCGCCACGUUAUCUCUACAAUUGCAGCAUAAUGGGUCCCUCGGAAUACUCGGUGUAAUUAAAGUAGUCAUGCAACUUGGUAAAGCUGCGGACAUACUAUUGGACACAGACAGCACGUCCGGGGAUGGUUUUUAUCAACCUGAAUUAGAAGAACCGGACUACUGUAACGCGCAUUGCACAGCACUGUGGGAACUCGCGGCUUUACAGCGGCAUUAUCAUAGUGUGGUACAAAAAUUGGCAAAGAACAUAGCCAAUGGUGUACCGACCAGUGGGGAAGGAAGCUUAACAGCGGAUAUUGCAAAAUUAUCACCGGAAGAACUGUUCAAAGAAUAUGAUCCUGCUGGCGUUGUCUUUAAACCCGCAGUGCCAGUACCGAAAAAGGCGCCGGCAAAGAAAUCAUCUGGACGACAUUACUUUGCAAAGAAUGAAUUCGAAGUGUAUCUCAAUUCCAUUUAUAGUAAACCUUUGUUCAACAACGAAUUUGUUGACUUUUAUACAGAAAUUAAAGCUAAAUAACAAAGCUGUUGUAAAAAUAAUAAAGAACUCUCAUACUUCGUA